AUGGAGCAGGCCGACGCGAUGGAUCCGAUAGAGCCCGAAGGCGGCCUGGAGGAUCCAUUUGCGCAGCCGCCGCAGUCGUCGAACCCUGUUCAGCCGCUGCAGUCCCCUCGCACUCCCGGGGUCGCGGUCCAGCCUGCGACGAUGGAGGAUCCCGCGCUACAGGCUGAGUACGCCAAGCUGACUGCCCAGCUGCAGGCGCUCUGGCGGCUCAAGCAGGGCGCGGAGAAUCCCAACAGCGUUGUGGGCGCCACGAUCAUAACGUACAGGCAGCUGCUCGACGGUUUGAUCAGGGACGUCGCGGUCGAGACCCAUCGGUCGCUGUCGCUCGGGCUCGAUACCCUCGACUCCGUGCAGGACAGGGUGCCCGGCGCUGCAGAGGCGGCGGCGGCGCAGACCCCGACCAAAGCGCAGAUGGCGGCGUUGGGAUCCAUGGGACCGGCGGAAAUCACGGUCGAGACCCCGAGCGGCAAGGUGGGCAAGGGCACCAAGGACAUAUACGGCAGGACGGGCGGCGCCAGCAAGGAGGCCACAACCUGUCCGUUAUGCCUCCAGCAGAUGGCCGCCAGCAGGUUCGCGUCGCAUUUGGAGAGGUGCCUGGGGAAAGGGAGGACCGCGCGCGGACCGGGGGGUAUCCCCGCGGGUCUGCAGCAGCGCGUGCGGCUGGCGGCGGCGGGCAGGGCGGCGGUGGGGAUGGCUCCGGCGGGGGCGCGGGGGCCGCUGGUCUGGGCUACGGGCGCCGCGCCGCUCGGGGCGAAGGAGCAGGCGGUCAAGAAGAAGAAGCCAAAGGCGAAGUCACUGGCGGAGCUCACCGCGACGGAGGACGAGGAUGACGACGUUCCGUUGUCGGUCAUGGCCGCGAAGGCGGCGAAAAAGAAGGUGGUCAAGGGGGUGAAGGCGGCGAAAGAACCGGGUGCGAAAAAAGCCGGAAAGACAAAGAGCCUCUCCGAUAUUUUCUCCUCCCCUCCGGCCAAGGGCGCGAAAGGGAAGAAGGGGAAGAAGGGUGCGAACGCCGAGGAGUUUCCGAUGGGAUCCCCGUUCCCCAUGGGCGGCAUACCUUUCGAGGAUUUCGGAGGAGACGGGUUCAAUUUCGACGACGCGGACGCCUUUGACCUCAACUUUGAAAUCCCCGGUGGCAUGGAGGGAGCGUCGCCCCUCGCCGCUCCCCUCGCCCCCGCGCCGCCGGUCAAGAAGAAGCGCAGGAGCCCGGGCGCGUCCAAGGCUGGAGUCGGCGGUCGCGGGGGACGCGGUGGCGCGGUCGGGGCGCGGGGGUUUGGCGAUGGGUUCGACGGCGCGCUUCCGGGAUUGGCAACGGAGCUCGGGACGGGCAACGGCCGCGGCGGCCGCGGCGGCCGCGGAGGACGGAACGGCGGGCGCGGAAUAGUCACGGCCGCCGGGCUGCCGGGGAGGGGGGUCGGCGCCAAGCCGAAGGCUCCCCGCGCCGCCAAGCCGCCCAAGGAGGCUGCCGCGCCCAAGCGGAAGAAGGUUGCGGUGAAGACAACCAAGGCACCCACGACGGCAGUCGCCGGACUGGAUGCCUUCGACGACGUCUUUGGAACCGGCGGCGCGUUGGAGAUGCCGGGGGAUGCAAUGGUGGGAAUGCCGGACGAUGAUCUGGAGUUGCUGUUCGACGGUGGUGGUAAUCGGGGAGGUGGAGGCGACCAAGCCUUUGGGAACCUUUUUGAUGAUUGA